UUGAGCACGAGCAAGAUGGCAGCCUCCGAGACGGUUAGGCUACGGCUUCAAUUUGAUUACCCUCCUCCAGCUACCCCGCAUUGCACGGUCUUCUGGCUUCUGGUCGACCUAAACAGAUGCCGAGUCGUCACGGAUCUCAUCAGUCUCAUCCGCCAGCGAUUCGGCUUCAGUUCUGGGGCCCUUCUAGGUCUCUACCUGGAGGGGGGGCUCUUGCCCCCGGUCGAGAGCGCGCGCUUGGUGAGGGACAACGAUUGCCUCAGAGUUAAGUUAGAAGAGAGAGAAAUUCCUGAGACUUCUGUAGUAGUCAGUAAUGGAGAUGAUAUUCCUUUACCAUCUAGAAAAGCAAAGAAGCGGGCUUAUAAGUUGGAGGAGGAUGAAGAAUCAGAACUAGGUUAUAGAUAUUCAAAGAAGCAGUGGAAGAAGCAAGACAACAAUAAUAUUAAUGAGAAGGUCGUGGAUCUGGAACCAAAAGCUGUCACAGAACAGACUGGGAAGAAAAAAGGCAAGAGAAAAAAUAAAGCAACAUGUUGCCCAGUAGAUAAGGAGGAAGAAGACACCAAAAAGAGAACACCAAAGAAAAAGGAGAAAUAUGAAAAUAAAAAACAGACCAAGAAUUCCAAGUGUCCUAAAGCACAGAUGUCAAAAGAGGGGAUCACCCAGAAGUAUACUCCUCAGAAAGGUUCUGCUAAAAACAGUCUUGUGAAAGUCAGAAGAAAAGGUGGGAGAGUCACAAGUUCAAAAGACAGCCCCAAUUCCUCCUCGGAGUCUGAGUCUAGUUCUAGUCCGGAUUCGAACAGUGAUGAUAUCAGCAAUGUCACAUUGGAGGUUAGAAAUUCUUCAGAGAAACUAUCAACUGAGUUAUCAAAAGAAGGACCUUUUACAAAAAAUACAGUUGUAAACAAACUGGUUGCAAAAGCUGCCAUUACCACCAGCAAAGGCAAGAUCAGAGCCUCAUCUUCUAGUUCAGAUUCCGCUUCAGAUUCAGAGGAGCAGUGCAUUGUGUCCAAGAGCACUCCGGAGUAUGCUACAGAUUUCCUAAAGACAGUAGGCCUCUUUUCAGGAAGGGGCUGUCCAGGUCCAGGGCUGACAGUACAGACUCCAAGUUCCAUAGGGUGGAAAUUUUGGGAAUCAAAUACUAGCAAACAGGCUCCUGGUCCUCUUCCCAGUGUGUCUCUCCCCACCAGUUUAGGAAGAGGAUGGGGGAGAGGAGAGGACCUUCUUUCUUGGAAGGGAACAAGAGGUCGGGGCAUGCGAGGGAGAGGUCGAGGACGAGGGCAUGCUGUUUCCUGUGUUUUAAAUACUAGCACUGAAUAUCAGAAGCAGCAGCAAUUAAAUGAGAUAGUAACAAAUUCAUCUACUAUUAUCCAGAAUCCAGUAGCAAUACACAAGAAGGACUAUAGUCUAUUACCACUGUUAGCAGCUGCCCCUCAAGUCGGAGAGAAGAUUGCAUUUAAGCUUUUGGAACUAACAUCUGAUUACUCUCCUGAUGUCUCUGACUACAAGGAAGGAAAAAUAUUAAGCCACAAUCCAGAGACCCAGCAAGUAGAUAUAGAAAUUCUCUCAUCCUUACCUGCCUUGAAAGAACCUGGGAAAUUUGAUUUGGUUUAUCACAAUGAAAAUGGAACCGAGAUAGUUGAGUAUGCUGUGACACAGGAGAGGAAGAUCACGGUUUUUUGGAGAGAGUUGAUUGAUCCAAGACUGAUUCUUGAAUCUCCAAGUACCACCUCAAGUAUAGAACAUGUCUGAGGAUGACCUUUCCACCUCAUAGUUUAUAAAUGUCUUUUUUGUGAAAGUGACUAUAACCUGAACUUUUUUUUUUUUUUUAAAGAGCAUUUGAAAGUCUGGAUUUUUUGUUAUCUUCAUUUGCCUGCAUAGGGGAAAAAAAAAAAUCUACCUCAUCAUUUAAAAUAAUAUGGGUGGUUUGUAGACCCCCUGAUUUUUCUUCAAGUUGAUUUCAGUUAACAAAAGUUAGAACUUGACAUUCCCUGCAGACAUUGUUAUAUCCCGAUAGUCUGGUUUCUUCUCAUUUUCUAUUUUUUUGACCAUUGAGUAGUGAUUGUCAGUAGGAGUUUAUAAUACCAAGUACAAGAAUGUGCUGUGUAUCUUGUUUCAAUAAAUUUCAUUAAGUAACAUUUUAAAAUAUUAAAGCAUGUUGCUUGAAAUUUUUUAACAUUUGAGUUGUUCCAUUAAACAUGGAGCAUCUUAUAAAUUUCAAGUAUGUUAUACUUGAAAUUGCCAAGAGUUAACAGAUAGUUGGGUUUGUUGCAGACAGUGGGUUCAAGAAUCCUUUCACAUUUUCCUAAUUUAAAAAUUAAGGAUUCUCAGGACCCUCUGUAAGAGCAGUGUGCCUGGAGGAGAACUGUGUUACCUUGGGUAGGGGAUUUGCUGUGGGACUUAAGACCACGGAACAUGUUAUCUUGCUACAAGAUGCCAGGCACCUGCUCAGUGGGUUGGAGUGAGGAUCUUGAACAGAAACUUCCUUUUUUUUUCCUGUUAUUACUCAAUACAAAGCAAAAAUGGCUAAAUAUAUACUGUGAAAAAGGCUUUCUUCUAACAAAAGAUCAGAUCCUCCUUCAGCUUUGCAAAUUUUUAAAUAAAAUCAUAUUGAACAUAA